UUUGACAUUUUAAGAGUUAAGAGUCAUCUUUGUUGCUUGCCGACGAAAGUGAUUAUUUAAAGUGCCGGAUCGGUAAUAAUUAUAUAAAAUUAUAAUCAUUUUAUUAAUAUUUAAAAAUGUUCCGUAAUCAGUAUGACAGUGACGUCACAGUAUGGAGCCCCCAGGGUCGUCUCCAUCAAGUCGAAUAUGCCAUGGAGGCAGUAAAACUAGGAUCAGCUACUGUCGGUUUAAAAAACAAGCAGUUUGCUGUUCUAAUAGCUCUUAAGAGAGCAGUCAGCGAGUUAUCUGCAUAUCAAAAGAAGAUUAUACCCAUUGAUGACCAUAUUGGCAUUUCGAUUUCAGGAUUAACAGCUGACGCUAGAAUGUUAAGCCGUUUCAUGCGUACCGAGUGUUUGAAUCAUCGUUAUGCUCAUGAUGCACCUAUGCCAGUCGGUAGACUGAUUGGCCUAGUCGGGAAUAAAAUGCAAAUUUGCACCCAGAGAUACGAUAAGAGACCUCUCGGUGUUGGCCUGUUGGUUGCUGGAUAUGAUGACCAAGGCCCUCAUAUCUACCAGACGUGCCCCUCAGCAAACUUCUUUGACUGUAGAGCAAUGGCCAUCGGAGCUCGGUCACAGUCUGCUCGGACGUAUCUCGAGAAACAUUACAAUACGUUCCUAGACUGUGAUCUGAAUGAGUUAGUAGCUCACGGCCUGAGGGCUCUAAGGGAUACACUACCUAAUGAAGUUGAUCUCAAUACUAAGAAUGUCUCGAUUGCAAUUGUGGGACCUAAAACUCCACUCACUGUAUCUGAGGAAGCCGAUUUAACUCGGUAUCUGUCUCUGGUGGAGGGUGAGGAGAGACGAGGAGGUACAGCCGCUGCAACCGGGGAUGCUGGAGCUCCUGAGGCGGGGGACGAGAGGGAUCCUCAACCUCAGGUGGCGAUGGACACAGAGUAAACACAGAUCGUUUGCAGGAAAACGCAGAUGGGCUUAAUAAGAUAAUUGACGAAGAAUUCAAGACACUCUCGUCAGUUUCCAUUUGUGUUUAUUCGCAACUCUAUAGUGUUCUUUUACCUUUUCUUUUUAAUAUGAUUAAAGAUUUGCCUUGGCCAGUGUUUAGAUUGACUUUCGUUGCGAUGUAAAUGAAACAAAAAUAUAAAUUUAAUUUGUCUAUGGAAUUAAAAACCUCCAAAUUGUUAUAAAGUUUAUAUCAUUGAAUACUUUUUAAUUAAUGUAAUAUUUAUAGCAAAUAUCAGAUAAAUAGUGCGGACCUUUUAUUUAAUUUUUUCAUGUUAUAUAUAUAUAUUUUUUUUAAUAAUACGAUCAAAGUUUCAAUUUAAAGCAAUUUGACGAUUUAAACACUGGCCAAGGCAUACAGAAAAGGGUCUAUGAAGUUUUUCUUUUUUGAUGUAUUAUCCUUAUCAUUCUUAACAUAAUAAAAAACAUGCGUCUCUUUAA